CAUAUCUACAAGCGCGUUUCCAUCCAUGGCACGCUUCAGCCACCCCCGGCUGCUGCCCUAUGCACUGCUCGUUGCCCUCGCUGGUCUCCCACGGCCUCCCCCGGCCUGGGCAGUGCCGAGCGGUGGAGCCACGGCUCGCGGCGCUGGCGUGGGGAGCGCGCUGCUGGUGCACCCGGAUGUGGGGGUGCCGGCGAUGGCGCGGGGCAUUGUCCCCGUGAGCUGGCGGGAGUUUGGGAAGCAGCUGGCGCGGCGCUUGCAGUGGGAUGUGAACCAGACCAGGGAUGCAAUCUCCAUGCAUGUCAUGGCCUUGUCGCAGUUUUGCACUCAGCUUGGGAGGGGUUUGAACGCCUCCUUAGUGCUUGGCAUCGACUGGCCGAAGGACCUGCCAUGGCGCUGUGCCGAUCUGCAAAGGCCACUGGAGAAGAUCCCCACCAGGCUAUUUUACAACAGCUCCUCCUUGGCAUUGGCCGAGUUUCCCUCCAGCCACCUGGCGACGCAGCGGAAGGCACGGAAGGUGCAGAAGCGGGUGCUGCGCCUCCUAGGGCGGAAGACGGAGGAGGAGCUUAUUUGGGCAUUCCUACUCCUCACAGACAAGCAUUUGGCCAAGGUGCAGGCUGUCCAAGAGCAGCUUCCACAUCCACACCCAGGGUCACUGGCGCGAGCCGCAGCGCUUUGUGGACCCCAGUUCUUGGCGUGUGGGGUGAGUCCUAGCUGCAUGAAAGGCCUCUUUUGCAUUGCUCUGUGUCAUUUGGAUGACCAGACGUGUGCCUACAAGUGCCUCCUGAAGUAUGAAAGCUGGUUGAUCUCCAAAUUCUCCGCCUGCGCUUUCGAAAAGCAGAACGUGAUGAACUUCCACACGCUUCGCCCGCGACUGCCAGCGAUUACUCCCUUGGAAGGCUUUGACAACACCCAACUGAACAUUUAUUCAGCCACCCGCAUUCUGAUUGGCCAUGCGCAUGAGCAGAAGUUCAGCUGGCUAGUAGCAGCAGCUUCCAGUGAAGCCUAUGCGCAGUUCAAGCUGCAGUACCAGAUUUGGUACUAUCGAAGAAGCCAGCGCCGGCUCUACUACAAAGCGGUCUUCCUCUCCGAGGGCCGCGAUGGACACUUGGCCUGGCGCUCACGGAGCUAUGUGACGCUGCCGCUGCGCACGCCGGGCGCGUGGCUGUUCGCGGCGGCGGACGGCGGGGUGCAGCUGCGGGAGCAUUGGUACCUGCUCGGUGCAGACGCACAGCUGCGAUGGAUGUUAAUUUACUUCAAAGGUGCAGCACGGAAGGCCGGCAUGGCCUACCGCGGCUGUAUGCUACUCACGCCGGAUGGCAAAGUCCCGGGCCGGAGUGCCAUGCCCAUGAUCUCUGAAGCCCUUGCCAAAGCUGAAAUGCAGCCGUGGGAGCUGAGGCCAGUGGACAACGAGGUGAACCACACCGCUGGGCCGCCACCCCUGGAUGUGCCUGCAUGACCGGCGCGACCAGCCACGUAGGCCAUACACUUGCGCGGGCUCCGCGCGUUGAAUGAUGAUGCUCAGGUUGAAUGAAGCAGCCAUGCACUUCCCGGAAGAGACGGAAAGUGGAAAAUAUGGCCAAUUGGAUGACCAUUUUCCUCGACCAACCGGUGUCUUUUUUCCUGUUUCGAUGAUUAUUCUGGGGAGUGUAGAUAUGCACUGAAAUUUGUGGCGUUCCGAGGGGAUCUGUUUCACGGAUCCUAGGUUCCAGCAGCCAGGAAGAUGUGCUGCUUGACUUCUGGUUGGACCGUUUGACCAUGUUGCGAGCAAAGACCUCCAGCUUGGGGCAAGUUUGGGGUGGCUCCUUUGUAGCCCCCCAACCAUUCUUGAAAGUGACCUUUGAAUGUUGCAGCUUGUUCGUCUAACAUCAUGGG